GUGACAGACACGAAACGAGCACGGAAGCGAGCGAUCCCCAAAUCCACAGCGCCGGCGACCCUCCUCCGCCAUCGCCAUGGACGGCCGCCGUAACGGCGAGCGCGAGGAGACCCGCUGGCCGCCCGGUGGGCCGGGGGUGGAGGACCCCCGGGACUCCGCCGCCUUCCCUGCCUCCAUCCUCCUCUUCGCCCUCAUCGGCGCCACCGCCACCGCCGCCGCGUUUGGUCAGCUGCGCCAGACGGCCAGAUGGUUCUACACGCAGCUUAGUAGGUCAGAGCCCUACGUGUACUGGGAAGACAUACCACAUGGACUGCAUCGAAGUGGCAAAGCCUGGGGCCGGUAUUACCAGAGGAUGCGCGAGAAGGGUGAGGAUCAGAGGGAGAGAGUGGAACGCAUAAGGUGCAUGCAAGAUAUGUUCAAGAAGGAGAGAAGUAAAUGUCGGGAUUACCGAACUCGGGAUGGCCCUAAUCCGAGCUAUUAUCAGAAUAGCCGAAGAGAUGACUGGUACUGGGAAGCAGAAUCAUUUUAUGCUAACCAAAGGACACAUUUCAGAUCAAUGCCCAGGGAAACCAUGGGCUACACUAUGUCACAGCACUAUUCUGUCUUGGGCCUUGACAGGUCAAGAUUGGAGCCAUUCUCGGAUGCUGAGAUUAAGAAUGCAUUUAGGAGGAAAGCAAUGGAAUAUCAUCCAGACCAAAACCAACAUAAUAAAGAGGUUGCUGAGGCAAAAUUCAAAGAGGUCAUGGAUUCGUAUGAAGCAAUAAAAUUAGAAAGGCAAAAUGGAAGUUUAUAGAUACACUCGCAAUGGGGGGCUGUUGUAUAUAAGGCAUUUGACCCAAGACAAAACCUGUCUAAGCUUGGAUGCUCUUCUGCUUCUUUUUUUCACUAAUAUGUAAGCAACAAAUAGUUGUGGGUGCUGAACUGCGGAUUGAUGCCAGGAUAUCUAGCUGUCUGGCCAAUACCGCUGUCAGACCAGAUGUUGUAGGACAUGUUGUCCUUGAUAAAAAUCCUCGUGCAGAAGUUUUGCUCACAAACAGAAGACAUAAUUUUGACUUUUCACAAUGAACAAAUUUGCUGUCUUUUUUCAGCAUGCCUGAGAAUGUGAAUUGGUACUGUGAGAGUCCAUAGUUAAUAGUUAAAAAUUGACUGAGCGUUUCAUUGAGUUCAGAGGAAUGGAUAGUUCAAAUGUUGUGAGUUCCAACUCUUGGAGGUGAGAGCUCCUAAAGAAAGAAGUUCAGACCCCAGUGUGCUUAAAGGAGUAAAUUCAGAAAGCAUUUUUUUUUUAUCUCCAGGUACAUUAUAUGACCUUUGU